AUGUGAAGUGGUUCAUUCAUUAGAUAACAUUCAAUUUAUUCAAUUACCCUUUGUUUCCCUGAUAUUUAAGCUACCAUCAUAUGAAAUUUUGCUUCUAUUAGUGAAAAAUUUUUCAGCCACGAUGAAACUCUUAAUAGUAUUAAGUGCCCUGGUUGCAGUGGCAUUAGGUGCGGCUAUUGAGACUUACGAAGCAACUUAUUUACCAAUUAAUCCAAACAUUACUUACGAUGACUCCAGCUUAAAAAUCGUAAAUGGUCAUAAUGCAGCCAGAAACCAGUUUCCUUAUAUUGUUUCUCUCCAGAGACGCGUUUUGGCUAACAGUUUUUCCCAUACUUGCGGUGGAUCAAUUUUGUCUCCUCAAUGGAUCCUCUCGGCAGCUCACUGUACCCAACUGGCAGCUUCCAACUACAGAGUCGUGGCUGGAAUUAUUCUUCUGAGUGACAACAACAUUGUUGGACAGCAAAUCCUUAGCGUUCAGCAGAUUAUCAACCAUCCAUCAUAUCCAGGUGGCAGCGUGGUCGCUCCUGACGACGUCUCAGUUCUCCGUCUGUCUGGUCAGCUUCAAUACACAGUAAAUGUUCAGCCAAUCUCUAUCCCGAGACAAGGAGCCCUUUUCCAAGGAGAGUCUGUCCUAUGCGGCUGGGGUCUUUUGCAAACAGGUGGAUCUACACCAAACCAUUUGCAAUGGGCCAACUUACCAAUCGUACCCGAACAAGAAUGUAAUAUUAUCUUAAACGGAUUCCUCGGAGCUAGCCGUAAUCCAUUUAGUGUACAAUUGAAUGUAUGCUCUGGUACAAGAACUGGCCGUGAAUCUGCUUGCAAUGGAGACAGCGGUAGUCCAUUAGUUCAUAACGGAUUAGUGAUCGGUAUCGCUUCUUGGGUUCUUUUGCCAUGUGGAGGAAUGGGAGCUCCCUCUGUUUAUGCCAGGACUGCCGCUUACUCUGAUUGGAUUGUGCGAUCGACCAAUGGAGCAGUUUCUCUAAGUUAAACUAUCACAAUUUUUUGAAAUGUUGUAGUUAUCAAGAUAAGAUUUUAAAAUGUUGCAUUUUUUAUGUAAAAUUCUUUAAAUAAAAUUCACGGAAUGGUGGUUCCUUUUAAAGAAAAUAA